UUUUUUAGCAUCGUUGGGAGACAGACGUUUACCUGCUUUGCUGUAGAUGCAGAUGUCUUUUCUUAUUUCGUCUGUUUUGUUUUUGUUUUUUGUUUAAAUCCCCCCAGCUGGUGUGUGUUUGAUGUUGGCAGACCCCCUGCAGCUGAUUGAGUCCCUCAGGAGGCAGAGGGAGCCGCUGUUUCACUGAGUGAACAACAACAUGGCUCUGCCUCAGCAUCCCCGGCUCCUGCUUCCCUGCCUUCUCCUCCUCUUUACCAGCCGCUUACACGCGCGGUCCUCGCAGAUAUCAGACCUGAAAUCUAAAAUAUCCGGAGUGGAAGAGCUUUUGGAGGAAUUCCGAAAGCAGCUCCAGCAGGACCAGGCUUACAGAGCGGCCGACGUAAGCGACUCCUGCGUGGGCGACUUCAGCGCCGCGGAGGAGCGCAUCAUCCGGACGCAGGCCUCCAUAGAGCAGGGAGCCGCCUUCCUGUUGGCUCCGAAGUCGGUGUUCACCUGGAGGGACUGUCUGCACGCCUGCUGCUCUCUGCCUCACUGCACGGUGGCGGUGGUUCAGGAGGAUCUGAGGCGGCCUGGAGAAAGCCUCAACUGUUACCUGUUUAACUGCACUUAUAUGAAUAAAAACAUCUGCUCCUUCGCAGCGCAGGAAGGCUUCACCACCUACAGCCGGACUGCCAACCAAUCGCAGGGACGCCUGCCUGGUUCUCACAGUGAGGGCACCGGGAGGCCAGGGCACGCUCAGGGGGAGGAAACACAAGAGGUGGACGAGCCUCCUCGCUGCGACGCUGGACAGGACGUAGUGAUCCAGCUGCCCACCGACUGGGCCAUCCUGGACGGCAGGGAUAGCGUGGACGACCACAGGAUCACCGACUAUGAGUGGACUCUCGUUAAAGGCGAUACAGCCAUAAAUAUGAAGGUGACCCAUCCAGGGCUGCUGAAGGUCAGUGGUCUCCAGGAGGGGGUCUACACAUUCCAGGUGACAGUUACAGACACGGCGGGACAGAAGAGCUCAGACAACGUCUCUGUCACUGUGCUGGCACCAAAACACCAGGCAGAAGUCUGCACUGGUGACUGCUCCAACUACCAGUUUAAAUGUGAUGAUGGCUGCUGCAUUGACAUCUCCUACGCCUGCGAUGGGAGACAGCACUGUCCGGACCGCUCUGAUGAGGACUUCUGCACAAACUUUGAUGGUGGCCGGAAGUCAGUGACCCACCCUGCAGAUCGUCCCAUCCCUCAGAAGCCUGUUGCACAGACAGAGCAGGGAGAGGAUACCCCCAUGAUUCCAGAUGGGUCCAGAAGAACAGUUGUAUCAGCAGUGGACAGAAGCAAGGUUGCUUAUCCUCAGAGCCUGGGUGAGCAGGCUUCUGUUGAUCAUGCAGAUCCAUGUGCUGCAGCUCCAGUCGUUGGGCCCUGUAAAGGCACCUUCCCUCGUUGGUACUUCGACCAAAAGGUGGGAGAAUGCAAACACUUUCUGUAUGGGGGUUGCCAGGGUAACCAUAACAACUUCCUCCAGGAGUCUGACUGUGUCGGCGAAUGCUUACAGAAAAGCUCAGCCUUCAUGCCAACAAAUGCAACUCCUCCUGUCACCAAGCAGACUGAGACAGUUGCUGCUACAAUCUCACAAAGCCAGGGAAAUAGUGACUUGAUCUCUAAGCCAUUUCCAGUUAAAGGAGGACACCUAGGCCCAGAGUCGGGUGCAAUUCUACCGCUGGUGCUUGGCAUCCUCAUCACCACUCUGCUGCUUCUCAUGAUCGGCUGUCGCCUUAGACUUGUUCGUCAUAAGCUAAAGAAAGCACGGCCCCUCACCACAGAGGAGUCUGAUUACCUCAUCAACGGCAUGUAUCUGUAGCUGAAGAAGCUGGGCAGAGAUGUAAGAGUUUGCAAUUUGUCUUACUUUCAGCCCUACAUCUCAAAUCAGAACAUCUGUACGCUAUGCUGCCCUGAAAGCAACACCCGCACACUGAACCUGUCUGACUAACACUGUAAUGCUGCUCCCUUUGGAAUCAUUAAAACAUAUUCAAGCUUCAAUAAGUGCAUUCAUGUUUUGUGAAAAAACUUAUUAUAAACCAAUGAAGAUUUAUAUUUUGUCAUUGUAUAGAUGCUCACCGUCAAAACCCCCCAUGUAUGGCUAUUCCUCCCUGGUUAAAAACUAUAUAUGGAUUGCUCAGAAUAAAUCAGAAUCUGUGUAAUUUCAAAGUAAAUGCAUUGGUUUGAAUAUGAAUUUUACUAAUUUGAACCUGAAUUAAAUAAAUUUGAUUUGACAUGUAUUUCUUCUCUUAAAGCCAUUAAGCAAACAAAGACAGAUUCACUGAUCAGGUUAAAGGUAUUUUACUGCAUUUCAAGCUGAAGCAGUGGAGUUUUUACAUUAAAUUGGUAAAAGCAAUAUCAAAUGACCAUGUAUAAGAAGCAGCAUUUUUAUUUUAAUUAGUUUUUAUCUAAACUAGCAUAAUGUGCCACGGUUGUAAUGCCAUUUUAUUUGUCCUCAUAUAUUGAGUGAAGCCUCUGACGAUAAGAAAUGUAAAUCUGUGAUUGAUUACUUUUUUUCUUAGAGGACCUAAAUGUCCGACACAGUAAAAGAAUGAAUGUUCAAACUGAAAUUGAAUUAUUGCAAAGAAAGUGAAAAUGUACAAAAUCAAUCAUUAAUUCAAAAAUAGCUGUUUAAAUAAUUGUCUAAAAUAUAAGCGAUUAAAUUCAGUUUCAAACCUAUGAUUUUACUUUCAAAUUACAUAGAUAUAGAUUCAGUCUGAGUAUUUCAAAUCUGGCAUAAUUUUGCCCAAAUUCUUUUUCAAGUGUUUCACAAAAUGGCUUUUUUUUUUUUUAUCACUGGGUGUCACUAAUGUGACAUAUUUGUGCUACAUUUGUUACCCCAGUUAGCCUGACUGAUGCAUACUGGAGUGCCUGGUAACCACGGUUAUAAUUAGCAAAUUCUGUUUCAACUAUGUCCUGUAAAUUACUUUAUCCAUCUGUCUUUAAAGCAUGUUUUGUCUUUAGUGUAAAGAUAUAAGCCAUUAUUGACUCUUAGUUCAGUUUAAUAGAAAAAA